AUGUCACCCAAGCCCUACGUGCUAGAAAAUAAGGAUAGAGCAUCGAAAAUCAUCAGGAUUUCUGCAAACCCAGAUUUCCCUGAGCAGAAAUGGGAUAGGAUUUCCAUGGGUUCUAUUGUAGGAUUACCCUGUACAUCGUCAAAUCACGACGUGACAUGGGUCAUAGUUGAUCAAUUGACAAGUUGGCCCAUUUCCUCGCAAUUAAAGUUAAAGUAUUUGCCAGGAAAAUUUGCAGGGUUAUAUGUUAAGGAGUUCGUUAGACUUUAUGGGGUACCAAAGGACAUCAUGUCAGAUAGAGACGCAAGGUUUAUGUCCAGAUUCUGGAAAGAUGUAAGAAGCCAUGAGAACCCAAUCGAGUCCCAGUAUGACUGA